GAGUUUCGCCUUUGUGUGAUUAGGGUUAGGGCUUUUGCGGGGCAGCAGAUGAGUAGAAUGUAGCGAUCGAUCGGCAAGGGCGAGAGGAAUGUCGUGGAUUUCGCGCUCCUUGACAGGGGUUCUCAAGGACAAGGAGGACAAGGAAGAGAAGGAUGAGAGUGGAGCAGAAUUUUGGGACGAUCCGGAGCUUUUUGAGCCGGGGCAGAGCGUGGGGGAGGAUCUGGCUGAAUUGCGGAAGUCUCUCACGCAAUCGCUGUGGGGGGUAGCUUCUUUUCUUGCGCCGCCGCCAAAGUUACCCAGAGAAAAUUCUCCCAAGGUAGAAGAGGAGACUUCUCGAGAUGAUUAUCAGGCAAAUCAAGGAGUGGAGAAUGCCAGUGUUGGUAUCGUUGAGAAAGAGAAGCUGAGUGGAAUGCAAAGCGACUUUGCGGAACUCAAGGGAGGAUUCGCGAAAGGUUUGUCGCGCUUGUCAUCGGUGAUCCGGGGGGAUGAGUCCCGGAGCAGUGACAAGCCGGAGGGAGCUUCCCAGGAUCAUGGAAUCGCGGGGCUGCUCAAGCCUUUGAUUGACAACGUUCUCUCCAGCGACAAACCGGCCGGCCAGGUUACUCCUGUUGAUGACGAAGAAGAUACCAGUCGUGGUGGUGGCGUGGAGUCGUCUUCCAAGAUGGGGAUUUCGGCGGCGACUCUCGUGGAUGGAGUGUCCAAGCUUGCGUCAAGCUUGUUCUUGUUUGAUGACGAGCCAGACGACGCCAUCGAGGUCCCGGGGCUCACUGACGAGGUUGUCGCGUUUGCGAGGAACGUCUCUUUGCAUCCCGAGACGUGGCUCGACUUUCCUCUUGCCUCGGACGAUGAUCUUCAAAACGGAUUUGAGAUGAACAGCUUCCAAAAGGACCACGCUUACGCAGUGGAGCGUGCUGCGUUGAGGCUCGCUGCCUUGAAAGUCGAGAUUUGUCCCCGGCAUAUGAACGAGGGACGUUUUUGGAAGAUUUAUUUCGUCCUCGUCCAUCCCCGGCUGAGCCAGGAGGAUGCCGCGCUUUUGUCUACACCACAGGUUCUCGAGGCCCGAAAGAUUCUUUUGGAACAGCUUCGUCAUGAAGAAGAAGUCCAGGCUACUACUGCUACUGCUAUCAAAGCCGACGAUUCCCUUGUCGUGGAUAAGGACGCUAUCCCAAGCACAGUGAAGCUCGCGGCGGCGAAAUCCUCCGAGGAGAACGAGGCGGAUGAAUGGCUAGACGAGGAAGCUACAGGAUCAAACGCAGGGAACACCAACAAAGAGAUCUCGGCGGCAGGGAACGACGAGGAUGAUGUUUCCUUCAGUGAUCUAGAGGAUGAUCACGACGAUGGCAGGAUCCAACGCGCCGCUAAAGCCCAAGGCUGGGUGGAGCUCGACACCAAAGCAAAAUCCGAGGAAGAGAUCGAUGAGGAGUGCGCGAAGAAACACGAGAGGAUGGGAUCGAACGAUUGGCUAACAGUGGACAAGGAGGAUGCUGGAAACUCGGUGUAAAUAAUCACACAAGUGGUAAAUAAGCUGGUGGUAUAUUUGUUGUGUUGUAUAUGUAAACAAAGGUAAAAGCCUUGCUUUAAAUUUACAAAGAGGGUGAAAAGUAUCAUCUUGA